UCAGAUGAAUCGCCAUUACGUUUUCGCGUUUGCAACUCCGGAACUAAAACGUGUGUGUUUGCUUGUGACGAAAAAUCGGAAAAUUUCGACCCGCACCUAACUCGGAACCGACCAAAAGUGGUAACGUUCGGUAGCGGAAGCUUUGUCUCCUCCUGUAGUAGUAGAAUUUACCGGAGUGCUGUCCGUUCCGUCGCGUAUGAAUCAAAUCUUUUUGAGGGUGUUAAGAAUUUUCGCUUCGCUCGUCGGUGCGGUUUUCAGCAGGCCUUUUCCUCCCGACAGCGGUGUUUGUGAAGAGCGUAGUUGGAUGCGGAAGAUGUAGGCAUAAGGCGGUCGCGGGGAAGAAGAGUAGUUACGUACGGUCACGGUAUUUUUCCGAUCGGAAAACGAAUCGAAAAACUAGCCUUGCUUCCAAUUUGCGGUGCCGGGAGCAGAGCUAAUCGAAAAGGGAAGCAUAGUGCCUAGAAGGUACAACCAAAAACGGAAGCAGCAGCUGAAAUUAUUGGAUUCCGAGUUAGCUGGUUUUGUUUGUGUGUGUAUAUGUGAUUCUGCGUCCCGAGAACAGGGACGGUAAACUGGAGCACUAGCGCUACGUGAACAAGUGUACACAACAUUGCGUUGUUUCUGCAGAAUCAUCCGGGAUUUCAUCAUAAUUUUCGACGUUUCUGUCAGCAAAGCAAAACAAAGAAAGAAACAUACAGAGCGUAUCGAUCGUGCAAAUGAUUCAUUAUUUACAAUAUUGUAAAAACAUAAAAGUGAAACAAGAGAAGUCUAGAAGUGGUGCAAAUAAUAAAUAGGUGUUCAGGGAGAUUAUUUCAAGCGAGCUUCGUUGCUAUUGUAAUUAGAAUUGGUUUUAUUUAGCACACCGUAUGUCUGGAAAUAGAAACGCCACGUUCUAGGAGCGUACAUCUGUCGAUCGUUUUCCAAGGAAAGCUAACAGUGGAACUGGCGAUAUAGUAAGAUUCCAACUAUGGACGAUGAAGAUGAACCAACAGCGUCUCCGCCCAUCACUUCUAAUGAAACUACACAGCAUACUUCUACGUCAACAAACCCUCCGCACGUUUCACCAAAUUCAUGCAGUGAAAACGAGAUCCCUUUGGAUACUGAGGACAGAACAAUAGAAGCCACUACUGGCGAUUCGCAAGAAGAACACUGCAAUGAGCCGUGCGCAGUUGAACCAGAUCCUAAGCAAACGGAGAAUGAACACGAAACGAAUGAAUCAUCAGAACACAUUGAGUCUACAGAUAUCGAUAUGCAGCAAAUGGCCCCAACGACUGAAGAAACUGUACGCGAGACUGAGGCGGAUAAGCAGGAAAUCGCACAACCAGAGAAACGGCCUCUAGUGCAGCCAGAUGAGUUGGUGGAUACCACUACUGAAGCGAAGGGAGAGUCCAUGGAAGGUCAUGAGUUCUCUCCCGAAUUACCAGUGCAGGACACAGGUGCUUCUGUUAGCGACUUAUUCCAUCAGGUUGUUGAUGAUGAUUCUCUGCGACCAGAAAUAAUUAAGGAUAAUGAGCAACAAGAGGAAAUUGCAGAACAGAUAGUGAAACAUAAAGCAAAUGGGAAUUUAGCGAGUGAACCAGUUGAAACAGAAAGUAGCCUAACUAGCCAAUCUCAGGAUAGCUUAGUAGGUAACACGGGAGACAACGCGUUGGAUGCGCCGCAGGAAAACAAUAAUGAUUUUUCGCCGCGACCAAACGACGAUAACACCGACAAAAGUGAUUCGGAUAUGUCUCCUAUCCAGACGAAAGUGCAAAGCAACGAUGAAGAACCUUGCACAGAUGACGACGGGGAAGAUCGCAUAGAGAUCGACGCAGAUGAUGCUGAUGAUGAUGAUGAUCGUAGAAGUAAAGAUGCAUUGAGCAAGCAUCAGCUAGGCGAAGAUUCUUUGAAUGAGGUAGAACGAGAAGUAGAAGAAAGUGAAGAUCGGAUGGAUUUUAAGGACGGAGACAACAAUAAGAGCGAGGAGCAGGAAGAUAUUGAAGCUGGACAUGAUAGUACAACAGCAGAACUCCACCUGAAUGGAGACAUCUCGAACGACGGAUGUCACGCAUCCGACGACGGUUGCCCUAUGGAAGAAACCGAUUCAACGUCACUCAAACGGCCACGGUCAGUUAGCCCAACCUGUGCGAACAGAAGCGACAUUCAGGAACCUUCCAGUAAGUUGCUAAAGACCGAUGAUUCUAGUUUACUGGAAACAGAUGCGCCAGAUCCAGUAGAACAAGGAAGCCCUGAGGUUUCACACGAAAUCAAACAAAACACGGAGCUACUAGAAAACAUUGAACCUUUGAAUCAGUCCAUUGAUUCGGGAAAGUCUUCUUUGGGAGAUAGCAAUGAACCAGAGGAGGAAGCGGCUUCUUUAGUGCCGACAGAAAGUACAUCAUCCCAAGAGAAGUCACAAAGCGAUCCUCAGGCGGCAAAAGAAGAUAAUAUAGAAGACGACGAUUUGGACGAUGAUAAAUCUAGCAGUUCGAGUUCGUCUAGCUCGUCAAGCUCAAGCUCGGAUUCCGAUAGCUCUGAUGACGAGGCUAAGGAAGAAGAAGAAGAAUUAGAGAAUAAAUUAUCACUUUGUGAAAAAGACGAGCAACCAGUAGAGAAGUUGGAGUUGAUAACUUCCGUGCAGGUACAACCGACUCCGGAACAAACUAGUUGCAACACAGUUGCGCCUGCUGGAAUCAAAUUCGAAGACAAUGAGAGUCGAUCUCAAUUGGAAAUGGACGAAUCGUGUUCUCUUACUUCUGAAGAGUAUGAAGAGGCUGAGGAUGAAAUGGAAGAAAAUGAAAACGGUGCCAAAAUAACUAAAAGUGAAGGACUAAAGUUGUCGAUUUCGCUAAAACGGCCCACAUUAGAAGGCAAUCCAGCACCAGUGAUGGAGCAAUUGCCUCCGGUAGUUGUGCCACAGCCAGUGGAUUUUAGUAACUUCCUAAGUUUAGAUAAGAUAUUCGGUGAGCGGUCCGAGCUGAUCAAAAUUGAUUACAAUAGUAAACCGGUGGUGCACAAUAUUAGCGAUAAGGUACAAGAAAUGGAAACUGAUAUGCUUCCAGCUGAAACCGUCCCCACUGAGGGUUACAGUUUACUUGGUAAUCAACUAAAAACCAACUACGUCGGUGUUAAUUCAGCUGACUUUGUGGUAGACGAAUCAUCAGACACAUUAGAUGAAGACAAUAGACUAGUUAUAGCUGAGAAACAACGCAAGGGAAGAAAGAAAGACAAUUCGCCCACCAAACAACCACAGUUUCCGUUACAACAGCCCUGGAAUCCUGCAGGUUCAUAUCCUUCGUUGAUACGAACUAGUGUGGCUAAAGGCCCUGCCAAACGACCAUAUCAGCAACGACCGCAACAAUCUCUAAUGAAAACGAUGCUCGCGAGCAGCAAGAUUCCUCAACAGCAUUUGCCUAUUCCUCCAGCCCUACCUCCUCAAAUGCCGCCGGAACAGCAAAGUCCGCUACUUCCCAUUGCUCCCCCGCAGCAAGAGAAGAAAAAAGACAAGAAGAAGGUCUUUUUGUGCUCACCAUGCGGGACCCAUUUCGAAAAUUGGAACUUGUUCAAACACAUGCGCGAAGUGCAUAAGAAGUACAUUUGUUUGUACUGCUUAGGUAUUUUUCAGUCAGCUGAAAGGCUUGUGACACAUCUGGAGGCCAAACAUCAGGUGCGAAAGAAGCAGUUUUCUAGUUUUGAUGAGUAUCAACAGCAGCAGAAUGUGGACUCUAGUAAAUCACUCUAUCUAAUGUGUGCUCGAUGUGAACACAUAUUCGAAAAGACGUCCCCGAGCGACGAGCAAGCGAUUGUGCAACAUGAUUGUGCUAAUUAUUUAGAGAAAUGUAACAACUGCGGCUGUCUGAAGCAGUCCAAACAUAAGUGUGACAAAAAGGUGGAACUGUUGGCGGCAAGUGCACAGCCCGGUGGACAAUUUAACAAUUUUAGUUCGAUUGGCAAUAUAAAUAAUAACGUUAGAUUUAGCAUAAACAACUACGAUAAUAGAGCUAGUAGUAGUUCGACGGCUGUGAUGUUUAGUUACGAUAAUCAUACAAAUAAUAAUAACGGCAACCAGGAUAAUCUGAAUCAGCUGAAUAGUCUAGCCGGUGCAGGUCGACCGAUGCUACCGAAUAAUCGGAAAACGUCAAGCAAAAAAGCUAAGAUCACCCAGAGACAACCACUGUCCGAUUUCAACGCACAGAUGUUGCUUCCUACGAGUGACCAGCCACCGACUCAAAUUGUGGAACCUGCAGCCAGCACUUUCAUAAGUCCCAUUUUACAAUCUCGAUUAACGAAACCGUUGGAAUCGAUACCUACACUCUCGUAUCCAGCUGAACUGCUGCAACCACCGUCCAGUAGCCAAGAGUCGUUGGAUCAACAUGCAUCAAGGCGGAUGCAAGACAAAAUCAAAGCCCCUAAGCUUAAUUUCAACCAAACCACAACGCUGUCCACUAUACCUGCCAGUUUGCUAAACGUAACCGAAACACCUACGGAACUUCCGCCGGUUCCGGAGCUACCGGCACAUGUCCAUCAGGAAGACGAAAAUGUCGCACAACCUCCGCUGGUACCUAAGCUGAAGGUGAAAAUUCCGAAGCAGUACUGUACACCCAUCGAGAGCGAGGACUCAUCUACUGAGAGUGACUACGACUACAACGAAGCGGACGAGGACGAUGAUGACGACGUGGAAGGUGGUGGCGAGAACGAAAUGCAACAGACUCCGGCGAUGGCAGAGAUUACGUCGCAUCCGCCAGCAAUGGAUCACCUUGUGGACACACCAGCUUCGACUAAUUGCCGGAUAGAAGAUGACAUGAAACUCGAUCCUGUCGAAAUGGACAUCGAGGAAGAAGGUGACAGGCAACCGGUCAGUUUGCCACCAGAAAUGGGUCCAGCUCCGAUGCCACAACAUCAUCGAACAGAGAUAGAAAAACCUGCCUCACCGGAACCGAUGGCCGUGGAUGAAACAAGUCAGCAUCCAGUGCCAUUGGAUCAUGAGCAAGCUGCACCAGAACCACCGGUUGCAAAAUCUUCAAUAGAACCGGAACCACCAUCGGAUGGUAUCGUUAUAGCGGACGAAGACUCUCAAAUGUUUGACCUGACGCUUGACGAACCCUUGGACAAAAUUCAUAUACGAGACUUCAUCAAAAUUUGUCUCCAAUCGACGGUUCCCUUUUGUUUGUACUGCAAUCACGCCAGACGAAUCGCCGUCAAUGGUAAAUAUCUGGCCUUGCAUUUGAUAGCAACGCAUCGUUUUCAAGCGACUGUGAACAGCAUAACGGCCGAGGAAUUACUGCCGGCAACGAUUGUUCAGCGAUUUAAGGUCUGCCUGGACGAGUUGGAACCGAUGUUCUUCAACUUGGAAACGUUCGAUAGUAGCUGGACCGCGGAGCAGAAAGCAGUCACCUAUCCGAAGCAAUUUGAAUGCUUUCAGUGCCGUUUCAUAACAACGAUCCACAAGGAACUGUACCUGCACAAUCGCAAAAUGCACCAAAAGUCACUGCUGAUUUGCUUGAUGUGUCGUGCUAAUUUCUUUAGUUACAGUGAGUUACUCUGUCACAUGUGUCCGGGAGCACCCAACCGCCUGGGUAUUCUGGAUUAUACGUUCCGGUGCAGUUUGUGUAGUAUUGAUGGGAUCCCCUCGGCUUUCCGGUUGAUGGUACAUUUAAGAAAACGCCACUUUGCGUGCGAUGUGUGUUUGGAACAGUGCGUGGAACAGGGUGCGUUGUCCAACCACGUGUGGAAACAUAAGUUGCAUCAUCUGUGCUAUCGGUGCGGAAUUGCCUACCGCAACAAAGCGGACAUCUUGAAGCAUCUAUUCUGGAAGCACGGAACGGAAGGAGUGUUGUGCAAGAGAUGUUUACAAAAGAAGUGGCCCCAUGUGUAUCAUUUCUGUGCACCACCUGCGCAGUUUAUUUGCGAGGUAUGUCAAAUGGGUUUCGGGAAGUCGCUGGCACUGAAGGUGCACCAACGGUUACACAAUGGUGAGGAAAAGUAUCCCUGCAGUGAAGAUGGGUGUGAGAAAAAGUUUAUUUCAAAGAAAUUGCUGUUAAAGCAUGUUCAGCGACAUUACGAACCGACACAACCACCUCUUUCACCACCCAAAAAUAAGGAUCCGACACCGGAACCGGAGCCAAUUUCGAAACAGAAAGUGGAGGAGCAGGAAAAACCAGUGGAAGAUACUAAACCCGCGAAAGAAGAGUCCAUUGAUGACGGUAAGGUAAAGGUAGAAGUCAAAGAAGAGAAGAAAGAAUCCGAUUUGGGGAAGCCUACAGAAAAUUCACGAAAGAAAAAGAAGAAGCGAUCUAAGGAGGAUCAGGAAAAAUCACUAACUGAUUUGAUCAAUCUUCCAGCUUUAAAUCUCUCGGAAAGCGAUAGUAGUGACAAUUCAGAUGCAGAGAAUUCGAACACUAGCAGUAAGAGAUUCGUGUCUGUGCCGGGAACAACUCUGAGUGAGAGUUCUGGUGAUGAACAAUCUCCUGCGUUGAAAAAGGAAGAACCAAAAGAAGAUGCAACUACCGAAGAAUCGACGCAGGCUGGAACAGAACAGGUUAUGGCUAUUUGGAAUAACUUUAAAAAUUAUCAAGCUAGUAGAACCAAUAGUAGGAGGGCAUCUUUGGCCGAAGACAUAAGCGAGGAACAGUUUGUUGAUAAAUUGUUAAAAACAAAGAUCCUGCAUGUUUCUCAAUCGGAUCACGACUAUUGCCGCAUGACAAAGAAGGUUUAUCCUCAGAUCAAAGCAGCGGAGGCAGGAGAAACAAUUGUGAUCGAUGAUGAUGGAAACCUGGAAGGUGUCAAAAAACGAGAGUCUCUACUGAAAAGUUCUACACAGAGCAGCCAUUCGAAGAAACAGAAAUCUCCUCGAAAGAGAAAACCUUCUAAAAGUGGCUCUGAUUCAUCAUCUAGUGGUAGUGGAAGUGAUUCAGAUUCAAGCUGUGAGUGUGGCUCAAACUGCAGCUGUAGUUCGAGUAGUUCUGGAAGUAGUAGCUCAUCCUCGGACGAUUCGGAAAGUUCAGAUGAAAAUGCUGCGAAAAAGAAAAUUAAGGAGGUAGAAGAUAGGCUGGGAAAAGUGAAAGAGGAAGAACAGCCACCAGAGAAGGAGGAAGUUCCUGUGCUACCACCUGAACCUGUCGAUCCCGAUACCAUUAUCCGUGAAUCAGACCUAGAGACAGACGAAUCGGAGACGGAUGAAGAAUUCUACGAUGACCAUCCUCAGAAGUUGGCCAAUCAGAUGCUGGCGGAGAAGCGAAAACAGCUUCUACAACAAACUUGUAUGAGCCCACUGAACACCUAUGGAAUCGUUGAAAACAGUCGACCAUCAACGCCGUCUUUGCCACCGGAAGAGCAAGGUGUCAAGAAGAAGGUUAAGCUGAAAAAGAGGAAGCGCGAAAGAAAGUUAGCUAAGAAAACGCCUUUGCAGUUGUUGUCGCAGAAACACCAUAUGAACAUUCCUCCUCUUCUGAAUCUGAAUCAUGUCGAUCAGUUUUCACCGGUUCCAGUACUUCAAGCACCACCGCUGACAGCACCACCGGUGUUUCAUCAAUUAAACAGUCCAAAGAUUCCACCUCUAGCUGAUCAUUCAACACCAAGCACACCCUUGAAUACUUUUACUUCGAAGUCUUCAUCCAAGACUCUGUCCCCACGUCUUAGCACAGGAAAUAGCUCGGAGUCCGAUGCUCCACUGAAACGAUCUCAACGUAGCCGCAAACCGAAUAAAUUCUACGGCUACACUAGCGAUGAGGAACCAGCAUCUGCGUUAACUCCUCAGGCUUCCAAAAACCCCGAAAAGUCCAUCCUUUCCGUUAUGAAGCCAACACCACCUCCCAAUUUAGUUUGGAGCAAAGAAGACCUACCGUCACCGCCGAUAGUGAAAACCAAGACUCCCAAACUCAAACAACCAGAGCAUCAUACUCCGGUUACUAGUCGAGUGCUUCCUUCGCCAAUCACACCCGUUCAACAGCCUCCUCGUGUUGUAACAACGCGCAUCCCUCAGGCUCCCGUUCACCACAUCCAUGCAAGUCCGAUGAGUACUCCUCACCAAACUGAUGCCGACAGCGAUUCCAGUCAGGAAGGCGUUCUCCAAAUUAGUCACAAACCCAUGAAAACUACUCCCCAUAGGCCACCACCACCACUACCGAAACUAAAACUAUCCAUUGCGAAGAAAACGCCCGUUCGAGGGACUCCAAAAGCGCCAGGCUCUCGAAAGCGAGGUUCCGCUAAAUCUAAAACCCCAAAAUCAGCACCGCCAACUAUCCCUCCGGCCACCGCCCGUUCUCUGGCUCCGGACUUCCCUGCGCCUGUAGUUGCCUCAGCACCUCCGUUCGAACCACCCAUUAUGGAUACGAGGAUCCCGAAGGUUCCACCACUCGGAUCGUUCCCCAGUAUUACCACAGAGUUUUUCCCUCCCAACCAGAUCCGUAUCCCUGCCGGAUGGCGCCCACCACGGGAGGGUGAAUCCGUUUACUGCUACUGUCGCUGCCCCUACGAUGAAGUAUCAGAAAUGAUUGCUUGUGACGGAGACAAUUGCCGAAUCGAAUGGUUCCACUUUGAGUGCGUCGGCAUAAUUAUGCCCCCGAAAGGUAAAUGGUUCUGUCCAGAGUGUAAAAUGAAACAGCAGGGAAGCGGUGCCGAACCAACGCCCUUUGUUAUUGGUGCCGGAUCGACGGGCUCUGUCAUACCAGCCACUGCCACGCUCGGUGGUCCCGCCCGUAUGUUGCAAUAAACCAAGAAGGUGUGUGAUUCUCUUUGUGUGUCCACUGACCCUCGGGGUGGAGAAAUGUCGUAACAUUUGAUGGAAACCAUAUAGCGAAAUGAAUAGGAAAUAUGCGGAAGUUGAAACAGACAUUUGCUUCUAACAUCUCCCUUAUUUCUAUUUCUAACAGAUCCUAAGCAUAAUAGUCAACACAGUGAAUUGUCAUUGCUCUCGAAUAACAGUUCGUGAAAUGGUUUUCGUUAAUUGGGGGUCUAACUAUCCGGAGGUCUUAAUGUGCUAAUCAACUGUUGUUGUCACUGUCACUGAACCGAUACAAAAUGGAGAUACCCGCGCUUCAAAGGCAGUGACUCCUGAUGAGGCAAGCUCAGGGCAUGGGCUCAUUCUUGUGUUUUAGAUUUAAUGCGGUGGAAUAAAUGUGUUUCUGAUAACACAUGUUGUUACUUAAUGCUACCAGUCACUCGAUUUAGCAAGCGCGACAGCCUCAUAACAAAGGGAUCUAGUAUUUAAUCAAAUCAAACAGGAGAGCGACAAAAAUAAAAUUACUUAUGACCCAGUAGCAGUGCUAUGUAUACAUAAAUAUGAGCAAAAUAUGUAAAAUAAAAUAAAACAUUACAAAAUCAUUAUAGUGAAUAAAUACUACAAGGAGAAUCAUCUGGACUGUAGAAAAAUAAAAAAUAAACCAUAGUUUGAAAACGCUUAUUUUUCAACAACGCGGUAGAUAGUUUGUCAUCCUAUUUUUCACUUGAUAGAUAGUUGUGUAAAAAUUAGAAUUAGUCCUUGCCCUACGGGCAGCCACCUUACAUGAAGAAUACAAUACAUGGGUCGUAUAUUUGUAGAGUUUUUACAAUUAGUUUUCUUCGAGUUUUGUUUCUGAUUGCAAAAGUACAUACAAAUAAAUUAGUGUCUAUUUGAGCUACACGUUUUUAGUGAACCAAUGAAUGCAAACAACACACGCUUGGGAAGGAAAGUUUAUAAAACUUUUUUCUCGUCAACUUUAUUUUACAAAUGGAAACUAAUAGAAAGCUGAUAUUAGAUUUUAGUAACCACGAGGAAAGGGAGGACACCCGCCCGACGAAGCUCACAUCAGUCAUAAUCGAACGAAAACAAAGAAGGGUGAAAUUGGGACUGUAAAUGAAAUAGUUUUCAUCGGCGUAUAAAACUAUAAUGGCAGAUACCUGAGACAGGCGAUAUAAAAUGUUAUUGAAAUUGUAAACAGAAUUAAGACGACAAAGCUGACGAAACUCGCUAACAGCGAAAGUUUACAAACAAUGCGAGAAAAAAAAUGCUAGCUCGUGUGUAAUAUUGUAGCGAAGGAAGUGUGAAUUACGGGACACUUAAUAUGAUAAUGUGAAGUUUACUGAAAAUUCUGUAACAAUAUACCAACACUGACUAAUGUUGAUACUGAGAAAAAUA